AUGGCCGACGUGUACCCGGGCCCCGAGCCCGGCGCGGCUCCGGACGCGGCGCGGCGCUUCGCUCGCAAGGGAGCCCUGAGGCAGAAGAACGUGCACGAGGUGAAGGAGCACAAAUUCAUCGCUCGCUUCUUCAAGCAGCCCACGUUCUGCAGCCACUGCACCGACUUCAUCUGGGGAUUUGGGAAGCAAGGAUUUCAGUGCCAAGUUUGCUGCUUUGUGGUUCAUAAGAGAUGCCAUGAGUUUGUUACCUUCUCUUGUCCUGGGGCUGACAAGGGACCUGAUACUGAUGAUCCCAGAAGCAAGCACAAAUUUAAGAUCCACACCUAUGGAAGCCCGACCUUCUGUGACCAUUGUGGGUCACUGCUUUAUGGGCUUCUGCACCAAGGGAUGAAAUGUGACACCUGUGAUAUGAACGUUCAUAAGCAAUGUGUAAUAAACGUCCCAAGCCUCUGUGGCAUGGAUCACACAGAGAAACGAGGAAGGAUUUAUCUGAAAGCUGAAGUCGAUGGUGACAAACUGGAAGUAACAGUGCGAGAAGCAAAAAACCUAAUUCCCAUGGAUCCAAAUGGACUUUCAGAUCCUUAUGUUAAACUGAAGCUCAUCCCAGAUCCUAAGAAUGAAAGUAAACAAAAAACAAAAACCAUCCGUUCUACUCUGAAUCCAGACUGGAAUGAAUCCUUCACAUUUAAAUUAAAACCUACAGACAAAGAUCGACGGUUAUCAGUAGAGGUCUGGGACUGGGAUCGAACAACCAGAAAUGAUUUCAUGGGAUCCCUUUCAUUUGGAGUGUCAGAGCUCAUGAAAAUGCCUGCCAGUGGAUGGUACAAGCUGCUGAAUCAAGAAGAAGGUGAAUAUUAUAAUGUUCCAAUUCCAGAUGCUGAUGAAGAUGGAAACGCAGAGCUCCGUCAGAAGUUUGAGAAAGCCAAACUUGGGCCAGCUGGUAACAAAGUCAUUACUCCAACAGAAGACAGGAUCUCAAGUGUGCCAUCCAACAAUCUGGACAGGGUGAAGCUGACAGACUUCAACUUCCUCAUGGUUCUUGGAAAAGGGAGCUUCGGGAAGGUGAUGCUGGCAGACAGGAAGGGGACAGAGGAACUCUAUGCAAUCAAGAUACUGAAAAAGGAUGUGGUGAUUCAGGAUGAUGAUGUUGAAUGUACAAUGGUUGAAAAGCGAGUCCUGGCAUUGCAAGACAAACCACCGUUCCUGACACAGCUUCACUCUUGUUUCCAGACAGUUGACCGUCUGUAUUUUGUUAUGGAGUAUGUGAAUGGUGGUGAUCUCAUGUAUCACAUUCAGCAAGUAGGAAAAUUUAAGGAGCCACAAGCAGUAUUCUAUGCAGCUGAGAUCUCAAUCGGGUUAUUCUUUCUCCAUAACAGAGGGAUUAUUUAUAGAGAUCUGAAAUUAGAUAAUGUGAUGUUGGAUUCAGAAGGACACAUUAAAAUUGCUGAUUUUGGAAUGUGCAAAGAACAUAUGUUAGAUGGAGUAACAACCAGGACCUUCUGUGGCACUCCAGACUACAUUGCACCCGAGAUUAUUGCUUACCAGCCCUAUGGGAAGUCUGUGGAUUGGUGGGCAUAUGGAGUGCUGCUCUAUGAGAUGUUGGCUGGCCAGCCUCCAUUUGAUGGAGAAGAUGAAGAUGAGCUUUUCCAGUCCAUAAUGGAGCAUAAUGUUUCCUAUCCAAAGUCACUGUCCAAAGAAGCCGUCUCCAUCUGCAAGGGGCUAAUGACUAAACACCCGGCAAAACGCCUUGGCUGUGGCCUUGAAGGUGAAAGAGACAUCAGGGAACAUGCUUUCUUCAGAAGAAUCGACUGGGAAAAACUGGAAAACAGGGAGAUUCAGCCGCCUUUCAAACCUAAAGUGUGUGGCAAAGGUGCCGAAAACUUCGACAAGUUCUUCACCCGAGGACAGCCGGUGUUAACGCCUCCGGAUCAGCUGGUCAUUGCUAACAUAGACCAAACAGAUUUUGAAGGGUUCUCUUACGUCAACCCCCAGUUCAUACACCCCCUUUUACAAAAUGUAGCAUGAAACAGCACAAUGGGAACAAAUCCCGCAGCAGGGAACGGUCUUUAACCCUACAAUGUUUAGGCUUUUGCCUUGUUUGAUUCCAUUUGGGCCUGGAAAUUGUAGGGUUAGAAAGUGUAAGAUGGGGGGGGAAAGGCCACUAAUUCAGGAUUUUGGCUUUGCAACAGCGGUGUUGUCUUAACGGGAGAUAAAUCAGUGUACAGUGCCCACUUACCCUACUAGAAGGUGCCGCUGACUUGGCGAAACUUACCCAGUUUUUGGUACGUUUGGUCUUUUUGUAACUUCCCGCUGUCCUUUUGCUCCCUUUUCCACUCUGCUGUGUUAGAAUUCAUCGAACAUGUGGUCUGAAAGAAUCAAACCACCUCGAGUAUUGAGUCCUUCUGUACAGAUGCUGGGAGACAAACACACUGAUUCCGGAGGGACCGCUCCUCCCAGUGACUUCAGGGAGUUGGGCUGCACAAGAGGCUGGAAUGGAGGCAUCACUGAGAGGGAGAGGCAUUGAAAGCAGUUGUUAUGAAAACAGGACAAAAACAAG